CUAAAAACUAUUAAUUUUGCAUUUCAGAAUGAAUAUUUUGCGUGUAACCAUUACCUUGCUUGGUGAAAGUUCCCAAAACAGUUCCCAAACAAUUAUUUCAGUGGAAAGGUAGUAACUGUGAGAAUAGCCUGGAGAGAGAUUUUCAGCCCUUCUGCUCCGAGCCUGAUUGCUGAUCAGCAUGGUGUGCAAGCUCUGGGAGGAAUAUGGUGUUGAUGCUGCUGGCUCCACCACGGAAACUCAGCACCUGGGAAGCAAUGCAUUAGGCACUGUGUCUCAUGCUUGCCCUCUGCUUCCUCCCCUGUCUCCUUUUCCCAGCACUUCCUCAUGACACCUCUCUAAAGACUGGAGCUGUGACCUCUAGCGACACUGGUCAAGUUCAGACUUUGGCCUUUAAAUCCACAAGACAGAAAGGGAGACAUACAACGAUUACCACAAGAAGCUAUUGAUGUAAUCCAGAAGAGCACAAAAAUCUGUCUGGAGCCCAAGCACUGCACUUGCCAUGGUUGCCACUGCCAGCCUAAGCAGUGAAAGCCCCGCACGUGUUUCGGAGUGGAUACAGGGAGGGUUUCCGCAGCCAGACAUAGCAGCAAGCAAUGAGCAGGGAACACGACAGCCGGCCAGGGGGCUUCGAUCGGAUCAGAAAGCUGGUGACCAAGUGGAGGGCUAUCACUUUUCCUUUAAGCAGACUGGGCCCAAACCCAACCUCAGUGAGGCUGUGUUUGAGAGACAGCCUGUCAUGCUUUACUUAAAAUGCUGGAGAAGUCUGUCCAGGUCAAAGCAGGCCAAACUUUUCUGCUCAAAGGUUUUGGUCCUGGAGAAACUAACUGAGGAAAUAGCUCAAGAGGUGCUUUGGCCUUCCUCCACCGAGCUCUGUGGCUUGAGAGGCUGCAUUAUUCAUGCUGAUUUAUAAACCUGAAAUGCCUGUAAAAAGUUAGAUAGGUUUCACUGUGACCCCAGCAUUGUUCCCACCUUUGAGUCGACACUUGUGUUCAGGCAGGACUGUAGCUCAUGGUCGAGCCUCAGGGACUUCUUUACUCAUGCCUGCCCAACUUCCAGCUUGUCCAGAGAAAGUUGUGCUCUGUCAUCAGGACGGUGA